AUGGUCAAGCUCUCGCACUCCUUUGUCCUUCUGGCGCUUGCCUCGAUGGCCGUCCUGGCGUCCGUCCCCGCUAGGGCUGGCUCCCACAACGGCAACUCGUCUCUCGAGAAGCGAGCUGCCAAGCACGGCUACAACGCCGUUAACGGUGCCGGUUUCCGGCGCCACGUCAGGAGGAAGCACAACUCGCACGAUCAGGAAGGGGAUGGCACGCAGAACGAGCAACAGGGUGGUGCCGAGCAGGACGGCGGCCAGUCCAAGAACAAUGAGGGAGGAAACGGCAAGAGCGGAAAAGCGUCCAAGAAUUACCAGGGCGCUUCGGGAGAUGGGUCGGGUUCGUCCGGGAAGGGUACGACCGACGGCAGCUCGUCCUCCAACGCCAAGGGCUCGACCACCUCGACCACGGCCAAGGGAACGGGAUCCGGCGGGUCUGGAUCGUCUAGCGACUCGGCUCCUGCUGGCGCCACCAGCGGCUGCACGUUCAGCACGGCCGCACAGGUGGCCGCGGGCAAGGACAAGUGCACCACGAUCGUGCUCAACAACGUGCAGGUCCCUGCCAAGGCCACGCUCGACCUGUCUGGGCUCCGCUCGGGCACGCAGGUGCUUUUCCAGGGCCAGACGACGUUCGGCUACGCCGAAUGGGAAGGCCCGCUCAUCCUCGUGGGCGGCAGCGGCGUCACCGUGACAGGAGCCUCGGGCUCGGUGAUCGAUUGCGGCGGUGACCGCUGGUGGGACGGCAAGGGCGACUCGGGCAAGAAGAAGCCCAAGUUCUUUGCGGCCCACAGCCUAUCCAACAGCCACAUCACCUCGCUGAACGUCAAGGACACGCCGGUGCAGGCCUUUAGCAUCGCCGGCUCGUCGGGCCUCACCAUCAGUGGCAUCACCAUCGACAACUCCCUGGGCGAUACAAAGGGCGCCAAGAACACCGACGGCUUCGACAUCGGCUCGUCGAGCGGCAUCACCAUCUCGGACGUCACGAUCCACAACCAGGACGACUGCCUCGCCAUCAACUCGGGCAAAAACAUCCAGUUCUCCAAGGCCCAGUGCACGGGAGGCCACGGUGUCUCGAUCGGCAGCGUCGGAGGCCGGGACGACAACGUCGUCGACGGCGUGACCAUCGAAAGCGUCAAGAUCUCCAACAGCGUCAACGGUGUUCGCAUCAAGACGGUCGCGGGCGCCAAGGGCACAGUCAGCGACGUCACCUACUCGUCGAUCCAGCUCGAAAACAUCUCCAAGUACGGCAUCACCAUCCAGCAGGACUACACCCUGGGCUCUGGCGAGCCCACCGGCCGACCGACCAACGGCGUCAAGAUCCAGAACCUCAGCAUCAAGGGCGUCCAGGGCUCCGUCGGCUCGAGCGCCGUUCCCGUGCACAUCGUGUGCGGAAGCGGCAGCUGCACUGACUGGCAGUGGUCCGGUAACGAGGUCCAGGGCGGCCAGAAGGCCGGCGGCUGCCUCAACGCUCCCCAGGGAAUCACGUGCUGA